GAUCCAAACCAGCCAUACAACAGCCAGGACAGGUGUGUGUACCAAACAGAAAGGAUUUAGGAACAAGUGGACUGCUUUCCAUCACUGCCUUCUCAGGUCUCAAAGGGUGCAGUGCAGAGAGAAGCAAAAGUAAUCCAUCCUGAGGAAGGGAAAACAAUGGUCCCAAGCAUUGUAUCACUGAGUAGCCAAGUUGGGAAUCCCUCCUGAAUCAGUCCUGCCUCUGGACAAAGCUGCUCCUUCCUUGUGUGUACAGCAGAUGCCCACACCAAAGCAAUUACCAUAUGGGAGAUGCUGACUGGCUGGAAGAACCUGUUCAUUCUGGGUCUGUAAUGGAGUCUGUGAGGAGCUCAGCUUCCUGGUAUGGAAGAAGGAGAACUUCCUUGUCAACAACUGAGAAGAUUCUGAAGAACUCAAAGGUAUGUGAGGAGGUAACAAGGGGACAGCUAAAAUGUAUAUUAUUGUUCUGUUUCUGUGCUAAUCUCAAGAGUGAUCAUACUGAGAAGGUAAAUUCUUUGCUCACAAGUCUCUGGUAUUCAGGUGCCCUGCGGGAGCAAUGCAAAGACACAGGAAAGAUUCUCACCACUUGAUCUCAGCAUGUGGCUCUCAUCUGGUGCUGUGCUCUGUCUGCUCCUUGCCUGGGACAAUGUCAGAACAAGUGGGGUUUUCAAAAGUGACCUGUAUAGGGGAGAGCAAACACAUUCCUGUUUUCCUUCCUGCCCAAACUGAACAGAUUUCUCCAGCUGCAUCUCCCCUUCUGGGUCCUCCUUCCAAGUAGAGGGGAAGGAUGGUUUUUCACAAGACUUGGAAGCAGAGGCUUGCACAGCACUUGCAUUGACAGGUCUGUAGCCCUGCCCUGCUGUUUCACUGCCUAAUGGAUAGUGUUGUCUCUCCCUGUGUUUGAGGCUCGUUUUACACCUGGAAGUGCCAUCCUAAGUGCAUGCACAGCAGUGAGGUGGAGCCCUGAAAUGCGAGUGGGGGACAGCAGAGAGGUGGAAAAAAAGCACCAGCAACCAGCCCAGGAUGUUCAGUGAAUCCAUGAGCAGAAGCAGCUUAAUUCUGAAGAGAGAAGACCUUUUCAACUAAAACCCUGGGAUGUCACUGAAGGAAAUGUAAAAGCCAAACAUUUGGACAAUUUGGAAACAGAUUUGAAGGGUUUUUUCCAAGUUGAAAUAACUGUCUGAACUACCCUUGCCUGCAAAACAUUAAAUGGGCAUUUUCCCACCAGCCCCUUCCCAAGCCCAUUGCACAGGGAGUUUCCCAGCUGGCCUGUGUUAGGCAGUGGAUAGAUGCAGAGAUGGGGCAAAUGAGGUGGAGCCUCACUGGCAGGAGCAGCCUGAACCACUGUGAGACUUCACUGGACUCGUGAUUUUAAUUCUCCCAGGGCACGAGCGCUGUUUGGCUCCAGGAUUUCAUCCUCCUCCUCAGCCACCACCACCAUGGUCCCUCAGGAGGCGCUUCAAAGGCAUGUGGGUCCCACGGGACAUUGAAGAUACAGCUGACCUUCUAUUACAGCCUUCAAAAGCAUCUAGGAUGAUUAAGAGUCUACCUCCUGAUGGGACCUUUAACCACAUGGAAGGCAAUUCCUGUGCUGUCAUUCAGCUGUGAGCCCUGAGUCGUGGUGCAGAUGGGGCCACUGUGCUGACCAGGAGCACUGUGGGCACCACAAGCUGACAGAGAUGACCAGGAGGAGCAGGAGCUGAAGAACAGCCAGGCCAGGACUCAGCUCUACAAACCAGAAUCGAGCUGGCUUUGGCCAUGGGCGGAUGGAAACCGCUGAAAAACAACUUCUACACAAACAUUGUGAAAGGCAGCAACUGACUGGUGGGGAGGACUUUCCAAAGCCAUGGAAGGAAGUUACCUAUUAAAGCCUCGGUAAGAGCCAAGCACUCUAACUCAGCGAUCCUUUGAAAACCUCCUCCCAGUCCAGCCCCAGCGAGGAACCCUUCACUGACAUCAUCCAUAAACAGACACCUCCAAAGAUCCUGAAUGAGGAGGAGAUGGCUGUGCUCUGGACAAGGCUCCACGGAGAAAUAUCUGGUAUCUUACUGCAAGGAUACAGUAAAGAGCUGUUCGAGCCCUCGGAGCAACAGCAGCAGCAGCAGCCUCGCCCCCACACCGGGAACAAGCCUCGGAAGCAGUUGCAGCGGGAAAAAGCCCUCCAGCAGCAAUGCCAGAGGCUGGGACUGCAGGGUGGGGCAGCCCCUGUCACUCCGGAGCAGUUGCUCUCUGCACCAAAGCACAAGCCCUGUCACCCUCAGCAGCCCGUGCCAACACCUCGUCCUCCUCCUGCUGGAGAUCAAAGGCAAAGUGACAGCCAGGAUCAGCAGGAGGAGGUGACACCUUGCAAUGGCAGGGACAGUGCCCAGCCCCACCCUGCACAGCCCAGCACCCAAGUGGAGAGAAAGAAAGUGGAAUUGCAGGAGAAAUCCCGAUGGGAAAUCCUCCAGCAAGAGCAGCGGCUGAUAGAGGAGAAGAAUAAGCGCAAGAAGGCUCUGCUGGCCAGAGCUAUUGCUGAGAGAUCCAAAAGAACUCAAGCUGAAGCAGUGAAACUAAAAAGGAUUCAGAAGGAGCUGCAAGCUCUGGAUGACAUGGUGUCUGCUGACAUUGGCAUCCUGAGGAACCGCAUUGAUCAGGCCAGCCUGGAAUACUCCUAUGCCCGGAAGCGGUACGAAAAGGCGGAGUCGGAGUACGUGGCAGCCAAGCUGGACCUCCAGCACAAGACGGAGCUUAAGGAGCACCUCACGGAGCACCUGUGCACCAUCAUCCAGCAGAACGAGCUCCGCAAGGCCAGGAAGCUGGAGGAGUUAAUGCAGCAGCUGGAUGUGGAGGCAGAUGAGGAAAAUCUGGAACUCGAGAUCGAGGUGGAGCGGAUGCUGCAGCAGCAGGAGGCAGAAGCAGGGAGACAAGGCAGCCAGUCACACAGUCACGCUGCGACAGCGAAGGAGAACCCCGCUCCCGGUGGUACAGGGCGGGAGGGCGAGCGUGCCAACCAUACUGCUGCUUCUCCUGCUAUUUCUGAACAGUCUCAGAACUCCGGGACCAAAUCCCUCUCCAGUACGGACAGGCAAACUCAAGCAGUAGAUGUGGCUUCGGAAAGCUCCCCUGCUUGUUCUGCUACAUGACUGCUGGAUGGAGAUGAGCCAGUGGUUAUGGAUGAUGUACUCUCUGCAGGCUUGUAGGUUAUAUCUGGGCUUUGGCAGUACCAGUCACAUGCACUUCAUUUCCCUUUCCUUUAAUAUUGUUUUCAAAUUUUAAAGGUGCUUUUUUUUCUCACAAGACUCUCAUUUGGGGUUCACCGUCUGUCAUCCUCUUUCCUGGUUUGUGUUCAUGUUCUAAUGCCCAGCUCUUCACGGGCUUUUAUACCUUCCUGAAACAGGACAUUUGCAUGUGAACAGUAGUGUUUUUCCAAAGAUUUUCAGCCUACUGGUGUUACAGAUACCUGUUCUGAGCAGGGUGCAAGAGAUAGAUAUCUGCAGAAGAAAACACCCCUUGAUCUGCUUCAGAAUGCAUUCUGUCCCCUAACAUCUGCAAUAGGAUGUUUUUCUUCCUUUGUAUCCAUAAGGGAUUAGUUUUCAACGGUUUCUAAUGCUGUGAAACCCAAGUGCUUACUUUAAUUGCCUUUGUAGAUGAUACUCUUUCCUCAUGGAAAGGAAAUUUGCAUACUGAGGCAAAUUGCAAAGUCAGUUGUAAUACCUCAUAUUUAUCACUUUGCCUAUUCCUUUCGGAUAAUGCUGAAUCAUUACCAAGCUGUACAUGGAUAGAUCUGUUAUCUAUGAAAUCACAUCAGCUAUGCUUUAACAAAAAUGAUGGGUACAGUUUAAGACCCUACAGAAUGUAGAAGUAGAAACACACAAAAGAGAGUGUGUUACAUUUAAAGCUUCCAUUGCAAACAUUUUCUCUGUUGUAGUUGCCUCGAAGUGCCAACAAUUAGCCAGGGAUCUUAUAGUAAAUAAUCUCCACUGUAUAUUGGAAAUGAGCCUAUUUUUGUAUGACAUUCAAUGCAUUUUCUUGCUGGAAAAGCAGGUUUGUACCCCACACGAAGUUCAGCUGGUUCACUCUGUUGCUGUUGAAAGGCUUUAAAGAGCUAUUCCAGGUGGAGAAAGUCUCAGGAAUUAGAAGGGGACGUAGGAAAAUCUCCCAUAGACUGAUUGCAGCUGCAAACCGUGGGGAGUUGAGCUCACAGUUAUCCGCUUUGUAACAUGGAAGUGUGGGAAUGGUUCCUGGAAUACCUGACCUGAACGUGUCGGUCAGAGUUUAUGAAUGAGUUGCUGAAUGACGCCACCGAGUAUAUAAAUGGGACACUGAUUGUCUCUAUGGCUUUAACAGUGGAAAAACAUGUCACUACAUUUCAUUUUUAUUCUAUUAAUAAAUCAGUGCAUCUUGUA